CAAAUUUUGUAGUAUUCAGACUAAUGUGUAUUAUAAAUUGCCAUCGAAUUUUUAUCAUAAUUAAAAGCAUACACUCUUUAUGAUGUGUUGUUAAUACAGUAUUUUAAGUAAAGCAUAUCGUUAAUCAUACUUAAAGUUAUUAUGAAGAAAAUGGAUGAGGCAACUAUCACAUCGAUUUUGUCUUCCUCAUCUUUUUCACCAUGUUCGCCUAAUGAAAUAGCUAUACGUCCAGGAGACUGUGUCGAAGGUGGUGUUGAAGAAUGGUUAGAAGAUGAAGCAUUACCAGGGUUUCGUGUUUGGCAACUUGCUGGCAUUAUUCUUUCUAUCUUACUUAGCGUACUCAUUGGACUUUGUUGUUGCUUUCGAUUCAGAGUACCACGAACUAAGCAAGAAAUAGAAGCUGAUUAUGUUAGAAAGAAGAUAACAAAAAGCUUUAGACAUGAAUUAUCCAAAAUUAGUAAUACAGAAAUGGACGAUAUGGAUUUGAAGAAAGCGUUAUGUAAAAUCCAAAAUAAGUUUGAGAUGGAAAAUCAUGAAGUUCAGAGGGAUCAAGAAACAACUUAUGAAAGUAUACAUGGAUUAAGAUCAAGAUUCAGUGCAAUGUUUAACAGGAUUCACUUCACUAAAGAAGAACAUAUUAAUACUGAUACUAUAAUUUAGUUAAUUUACAGGGAUAAAAUUAACUACUAUAUGUAUUUAAUUUCAAAUAAUUAAGUUCUGUUGAAUGUAAUAGAAUUGAAGAAACAAUAUAUAAGUAAAUUCUAUACAAUAUUAAGUGACUAAAUAUAAUCUUUAUUUCAUGAUUAAAAUACAGAAAUCAAGUCACCUUACAUGCAACAAUAAUCUAUAGCAAAAGAUAAUACACUUUGGAAAGCACUUAAUGGGACUAUGAUGUAUAUUACCUACCACAUUAUGCUUUAUUCGUUUAUAUAAUUAGCCGGUUAGUACUGUUAAAAGUGCAGAUUUUUUGUUACUAUCAUUAAAUCAAAUAACUUUUUAUAAAUUAUAUGCAAUGUAAGUGAAAAGAAGAGACAAUUAUAGUACAAACUUUAUACGAUCGUUAAUGACUAAAGAUAAUUGUUAUAUAUUUUUUAAUGAUAUUGUUAACAUCAUUCUUGCGCUUAUGCAGUCAAACAUUAUUUACAUAAGAACCAAAGUCAUUUAGAUGAGCUACAAUUCUUAUUGUCUCUCUCUCUCUAUCUUUCUUUCUCUUUACCUCCUUUUUGAAAAAUCAAAUAUUCUUAUACUUUACUGCAUAUUCUGAUAAUUAUAAAAUUGUUCUUUAUAACAAUGAUAAAAUAACAAGUUCUGGAAAUAUAAAAUAAAACAUAAUGGAAUGUACGUACUCAUAAAAAAACAUUUAUUGUUCAAUAAAUAUAAAAUUAAUAGUAUAACUGCAAAACUAAAUCAAACAUACAUUUGUAGAGAGUAUCACGGACAAGAAUAAACUAGCAAAAAAGAGAUAACAAAAUGUCAAUGUUAUUGAUAAAAAUCUGAAAACUCAAGAAUAUAAAUUAAGAAAAAAAAAAAAAAA